UAUAUACGAAUGCCGGAACACCAGAGAACGCAUCAAAACAGCGGCAUUCGGAUGCGGCGUCUUGUGGUUUUGUUGUCGACCUUUCUGAGCUUUUGGGAGUGUUUGUGGCCUGUGCACUGUCAGUAGUAAACUCUCAAGGAAGGAAGAAAAGAUCGACCCGCAUGGCCCAGCCUAAAGGACUAAGCCAAAGCAAGGAAGCUCUGCUCAAGUCCUACACCAAGCGACUGAAGGAUGACAUGAAGUCCAUGAUCGACAACUUCACCGAAAUCAUAAAGUCCACGAGGGUUCCACUCGAAGAGGAAGGACAAGUGCUCAGACCGUUACAAGUGACUCAGGAUCAAUACGAGAUGCACGUGCGAGCUGCCAACAUCGUAAGAGCCGGCGAGUCUCUCAUGAAGUUGAUCUCGGACAUCAAGCAGUACCUGAUCCUCAACGAUUUUCCCUUCGUGAACGAUUCCAUAGCGCAAAACAGCCAGCGCUACUGCUCCGUACAGAUGGACUGUGAUCAACGGCUCAUGUCCUUGCGUGACGACAUGGCUGCCGAACUUUACGAUCUCGAAGAAGAGUACUAUUCCUCUUGUUACAAGUAAAUAAACGGCGUUAGUAUAACCAG